CGUGCAACGGAAGAAUACAACGGAGAGAGAGAGAAAGAGAGAGGGACAGGGAAAAAAAAAACGAAGAUGAUGAAAUACUAGAUGUGGGUCUCUUUUGUGGAGGAUAAUCUUAGUUCUGAACAAACGGCAGUGGAAGUAGUAAUUUGUGCCUGUUUUUUUGACACUUAAUGUGUGUGUGUCUUUUAAUUGGACAGCAUUGAAUUUCUUUCGACUAGAUCUAGAUGUAGCUGGGUUUUAUCAGUUGGGAGUGACUAGACUGUACAUUGUGUAGGAGAUUCCAUGGAUAUGUUCGUGUGACAUAGUCGUUUCUGCUCAGUAGUUUUGAGGCAAAUACAUGCGGAUAUUGGUUGAAAAAUUGUUUCCUAGUGCUAUUGGUAACAAUACCGCCUUGUUGUGCAACACAAAUUGUGCUGAUAGUUCCCAGACAGGUUCCUGGAGUUCCUACUAUUUGAUAGUCCCCAGACAGGUUCCUGGAGUUCCUACUACUUGAUGAUCAAGGAGUAAUACGAGCUACAGCUACACCUGAACUGGCUCAUCGCAAGUUUUUCAUUCAGCAGCCUGGAUCCAAAGUGCACUAUGGGAGAACCUAGUACUUGGAGAUUCAACAAGGCUGUCCACUCAGCCUAUGUCCUGGGACUACCUAUACCAGAGGACCAAGUGUUAGUUGAAUAUGUCUAUGUGGCUGAAGAUGGUUAUAGCCUUCACAGCAAAUGUAGGAAGCUCAACUUUGUUCCAUCGAAACCUUCAGAUGUUCCUGACUGGAGCUAUGCUGCUAACUUCCCCGUUGAGGACAGGUUUCUCAAGCCUGCUGUCAUCUAUAAAGAUCCGUUUCGUCAAGGAAACCACAAACUUGUCUUAUGUGAAGUCUACGCAAACGACUGGACACCUGCACCCAGAAACUUCAGACACAACUGCCAAGACACAAUGGAGAAACAGGAAGUGACUUCCGUAACGCCUUGGUUUGGUCUCGAGCAGGAAUAUUCAAUAAUCGAUGUUUCCAAUCGACCCUUGGGCUGGCCCUCGUCCUUCAUGCCUCAGCCUAACACUCCUAUUCAUCAUGAUGCCGUCGGCAUGCACAAAGCUUUUGGUAGAGAUUUGUAUGAGGCUCACUUGUUUGCCUGCCUCUACGCUGGUCUCAAUAUCUCAGGAGGCAACGCUGAAGCAUGUCCAGGGCAGUGGGAAUUCCAGGUAGGACCUAGCGAAGGUCUUAAAGCCUCAGAUGACCUUUGGAUGGCAAGGUAUAUACUUCAUCGUCUGUCGGAGGAAUUCGGAGUAGCAGUUUCUUUUCAUCCUAAACUUAUACCAGGGGGUGCUGGGGCGUGUGGAGGUCAUGUUAACUUUAGCACCUCCCCGAUGAGGCAAGAAGGGGGAAUCAAUCAUAUUAAGGCAGCAAUGCCCCUUCUGGCCAGGACACACAAACAGUUUUUACCUCUAUGUGAUGCUCAUGGAGGAGCCGACAAUGUUUCUCGGUUGAUGGGAUUUUUCUGCACUGCAUCUGUGGAGUUUAAAUGGGGGAUUGAAGACAGAGACGCAACUAUCAGAAUACCCAGGCAAGUUGCAUUGGAGGGAAAAGGUUUUCUUGAAGAUCGGAGACCUGCUGCCAACUUUGAUCCCUACCUUGUGACCGAUGCUCUCGUAAGAGUUGUCGUUCUUGGCCAUGAAACACUACAGAACCCAUAUGCUGAACCAAGGGUGGUCAAGUUGGCAGUUGAUUUAAGCAAAGUGAAGUUAGACGAUUGACCUAAUUAACGUAAAAUUAGACGAUUGACAUAACCAAAGUGAAAUCACACGAUUGACCUAACCAAAGUGAAAUUAGACACUUGACCUAACAAAAGUUUGAAAUGAUUGCCGCGAGAAAUGUGAUUGGGUGUCUUUCUUUUUUUUUGUUUUGUUUCGCAUCAGUGACUCGUUGACCAAACCAUUCGCAGUUUUACUGUAGCCAGUAGAUAGCAUCACUUAAGUAGAUAGUUGAACUGCAUUUCAUAGACAAUGACGUUCUAUAAGGGUGAAUGGAAACAAGUUCUACAAUUAUUACAUCUACAUUUAUGUUUCAAUAUGAUUAUCAAUUGUGUGUCUGUUCCUUUUUCUCACAGUAGAUUAUAACUUUUUAAAAUUAAUAUUUUAUGAUUUAGAAAUUAAGUAUAUAUAAGGCAAUCCCUAUUAUAUAUAUAUAUAUAUAUGAGUCUAAUAGGAAAUGAACGACAUCUAAUCAUUGGCGUUUAUAUAAAAGAAAUGACUUAUUACUUAUCUACAUGCAUAUAAUGAAGACAUCCAAAGAGAUAUGUGAGAUAUGAUUAUUUCCCUGUGCGGUAUAAGUGUACUUUAAAAAGUUGGUUCUAUAUGAUAUUAAUAAUAACACUUAGUCUUUCAGGACGACCCAGAUUCUAUAUACUUCAUUUGUAAACAAUGAUAUGAAAUACAGUUAAUUAGUUUUGGUUAUUAUAAAUUACUAAAUCUGUUGACUAAAGAAUAAAGAACCUGUUUGCCAUGAUGCACGUGUUCACAGAGUGUUAGGUAGCAAUGGAAACAUUAAUAUCAUGAUUACAUUACAUCUACAUUGUAUAGACCAAAUGCAUAUUAAAUGCCGGAGUGUUAGUUCUAAACAAUAGCUCUUUCUAUUGUCGCCAUCUUGUCAAUGAGGUUUUACUUUAUGUUUGCUUUGAUUUACAUGCUAAUUCAAUUUUUAUCAGGUUCUACUGAUAGAUAUAUUGUCAUACGUUUUUUUGGGGUUUCAAUUGAUAUUUUAAUGUAACCAUGUUUGACUUAUCUCCCAUGAAUUCCUUCAUCAUUUAUUGGAAUGCUUGUUGAAUUUAGACUUUGAAGUGUGCAAUGGAAUGGUGCUGUUUGCCCCGAGUUUUAUAUAAAUUUGUUUUAUAUAAAUGUUGUUUUUGGAUUUAAGAUUAAGAUCAGUAUAAUGAUAUUGCGCUUGCUGAAAUCUUUCAGUUGGAUCUUCUUUCUGAUAAUGAAACUUCAACUGUAAAGUUUUGAAACUAUUCUUUUUUUUUUUUAAACUAGAAAAACGUAAUGGCUCUUCAGUUAAAAAGAUCUAUACAUUCUUUGUAGGGAACAUUCAUUGGGAAAAGGUACAAAAAAUUCAAAUUGAAAGUUCACAAAUUUCGUUUCAGUCAAGAUCAGUGGCGUAGCAGCCAUGGCGUGGGGGAGUGUGCCCGGGCCUAAGAUUACUAAAGAAAGAAAGUUUAUUAAGAAGAAGUAAAAUCAAUGAGUGUUAUGAAACUAUUAAGCCACCAGUUACUGAAUGGUUUUAGAUGAGGUU